AUGGUUGCUGAACUCAUAGACCCAGAUACAAGGUGGUGGGAUAGAGAGUUUAUCAUGCAAAAUUUUAACCAUGAAGAUGGGGAAGUUAUACUGCGUGUGCCACUAAGUAGAAGAGUUAUAUCUGAUUCUCUGUUUUGGACCUUCACCAAGUCAGGAGAAUACAUUGUGAGGUCAGGGUAUCAUGUGGCUCGACAAUUGCAAAAGGAGGUGGAUUGGGCAAAGAGUUCCAAUGGAGUUGUGGGAGGUGUUGUAUGGAGGGCUCUGUGGAAGCUGAAGGUGCCAAACAAAAUCAAAGUGUUUGGCUGGCGAGCAUGUCGCAAUAUUCUGUCCACCUGGGUGAAUUUGGUGCACAGGAGGAUCAUCCAGGAUAAUAGGUGUGAGGUGUGUAAGUUUGAAGCUGAAACGGGAAUACAUGCUUUGUGGAAAUUUGGAGUGGCGCGGGACGUAUGGGCAGGUUGCUUGGCACAUUUGCAGAAGUGUGUUGGAGACCAAGCUGACAUGCUUCAGCUUAUGGAGGAGCUGAUUGGCCGUUUGUUCUCUGAUGAACUUAAGCAUUUCCUUGUCCAAGCCUGGAUUAUUUGCAACGAAAUGGCAUAUUACAUGGGAAGCAGCUGCAACCACCUGAGUCCGUCAAGAUGGAGACCACCCCCUGUAGCUUGUUUCAAGCUUAACUUUGGCGGUUCGAUCUUCCAGGAAGGUGGUGCCUCUGGUAUUGGAGUUGUUAUUCGUAAUGAUAGAGGGGAAGUCAUGGCGGCUCUGUUGGCAAAGGGUCCACCAGUGAUGUGCAGCGAAGAGGCCGAGAUACUAGCUUGUCGCAGUGCAGUGGAGUUUACGGUGGACUGUGGAUUUUUAGAACUGGUUCUUGAGGGAGAUAAUUAA